CUUUGUGGCAUCCUGGGGUAUUAUAUCCCGAGAGCUCCCCUUUUGGAAUUAGGCUGCGUUUGAUUGGCUGCUAGAGCGGAUGCCAAAUCCUAUCCCUUUUCCCUCGUUUUGAGCCUUCGGGACCUCCGCUACCCAAUCAAAACGAAGAAAGCCUGGGAGGCGGGACUGGGAGCCCUGGGAGAUCCGGGAGGGAGGAAGCGAAAUCUGGUGGAGGCCGAGUGAGUGAGCAGCGAGAUAGCCCUGCCCGGAAGAAGAGCUCGGCGAAGGGGCGGGGAAUGACGCACGCUUGGGCGCUUCCCGUGCCGAGGCCCCGCCUCCGCCUUCAGGUUAUGUAGCUCUUCCUCCCUCCCUUGCGCGCUCGCUCGCAGCUCCCACAGCUGCAGCUAGUGCUGGCUUUCGGUGCCUUGGGCAGCCUUCGGAGUCUGCAGCAGGAGUUCCGACGGCAGAGUGGCGGUUCCGGGUUCCCAGCGCCUCGCCCCGCGCCCUCCCUCAAGCCCAACUCCUCACCGGAAGAGGCCCCGGGGCCCAACCUGCUAUGCCUGAUAUCCUGGUGUCGGCGCUGCUGGCGCCCUCGCGGUUGACGCUGAGGCUGAUUCGCUUCUUCUUCUGGGUCCUGGUGUACUGGGGCGCGUGCUUGGCCGCCUUCGUCUACUUCAUGAAGGCCUUGGGCCACGUGCUGCGGCACCCGGGACGAGGCUGCUGUGGCAGGCCGCGCCGGAAGGCCCCCGCGUUGCUUCAAGACCCCGCUUUUGGGCAGCACCUCUUCCUUGACCUCAAGACCUCUGGCCUGCGGCUGCACUGCGUCUCUCAGGGCCAAGGGCCCCUGAUGCUCCUCCUCCAUGGCUUCCCUCAGACCUGGUUUUCCUGGCGACACCAACUCAGAGAGUUCCACAACAGUUUCCGCGUGGUAGCACUGGACUUGAGGGGCUAUGGGAGCUCAGAUUCACCCACCAGUCUGAGCAGCUACACCAUCGAUGCCCUGACAACAGACAUCAAAGAUGCGAUUGAAGCCCUAGGUUACUCCAAAUGUGUCCUGGUGGCCCAUGACUGGGGUGGAAUCUUAGCCUGGAAUUUCUCCAUUUACUAUCCAAGUCUGGUAGAGCGGCUGGUGGUGGUGAGCGCUCCCCCUAUGUUUGUUUACCAAGAGUAUGCCCUGCACCAUCCCAGUCAGCUCUUCCGCUCUGGUUAUGUGUUCCUGUUUCAGCUACCUUCCCUGCCUGAGAAGUUGCUAUCUAUGUCUGAUUUUCAGAUCCUAAAGGACACGUUGAUUCAUCCUACAACUGGAAUUCCUGGCCUUACAGAUGAGGAACUAGAGGCCUUCUUGUACAGCUUCUCCCAGAAACAGGGCCUCCUUGGCCCCCUCAACUACUACCGCAAUCUUUUCAGUCACUUUCCGCUAGAGCGUCAGGAGCUGACAGUACCAACAUUGUUGUUAUGGGGAGAAAAAGACCCAUACCUGGAGACUGGACUCGUGGAGAGUAUUAACAAACACUUUGUGCCAGGCCGCUUGCUGUCCUAUGUCCUGCCUGAUGCUGGCCACUGGAUCCCCCAGGGACAACCAGAGCAGAUGCAUCACUACAUGUGGGCUUUUUUAAAGAGGUUCAAAGUGUAGUCAUGACUCUUCCUUCAGAUAUGAACAUUCUGGUUUUCUGCUCCUCCAAGGAGGACUCGGGACAAGGGAAGAAAGGGAGCAGCACUUGAAACAAGCCAACUUUUGACUGUAAUGUGGAAACAUUGUCUCGCUAACUCUUCAUCAUCGAUAUCCAAUCAAUUCAUCCCUCUCCCCAAUACUUAAACUGUCAUACUCUGUCCUCUCAUUUCCUGGCUGGCUGGUCCCAGUUGAACCCCUAUUAAAUUCUGCAAGUCCUUUUCUUUUGUUGUUUUAGAGAAAGCACCUCUUGUGGAAAGAAAGGAGCCACUGUACCUGUGAUGUAUGCACAGAAAUAAAUCUCCCACUCCCUGCCCUGCUUUGCCUUCCUUCUGUCUGGGGCCUCAGCUCAAGAAUAGUUUGGAAUCAGGGGCAGGGUUAAGGACUGGAAAUGUGGCCCAAGCUUUGCCCAAUGCCUCUACCUUGUCCUCCAUGAAAACCUUUUCUGUCUGUAAUUCCUUUGGUGCUUGGAGCUUAGAUUCAUUCAUUGAGCUUGCCCUGGAUCCUUCCUUGUCUCUGUUUCAUAGGACUUUUGCUUUUCAACAUGGUACGAAAAGCAGACCAUGGGCCAAGAAUAUUGGAAGAAGGCCCUUAAGAACUUUCCUUCCCACCGAAGUAGCUGGAAUGAUAAGAUAAAACCACACGUGGAAGACAGAACUAGGAACUUUGAGCAUCUUGUAUCAAUUUUUUGUGCAGUUUAAAAUGGCAAAAUGGAGCUCAUUUGAAUUUCCCCAAAUCAACACUUCUGACUAGGAAAUGACAAGAGUCAAUUAGAGGAAAGAAAUUAAAGGGAAUAUCUGAGAUACCUGAAAGAGGAACAUUGAGGUGAUAGGUGACAGAACAGAGAUAGACGAUAAUAAAGGGACCACAAAAAGGUAUUUGAUCUUCAACAACAACAACAAAAAAAAUCAAGUGGGAUAAUAUCUAACUUAUUUAAAAUUCCUGCUUGAGAACUUCACCCAGAAGAGUGGGGAGAGCAGCUCUUAAUUCUAUUAGAUCCUGACAGAAAAGUGCUUUUUUUCCAGCAAAAAGCAGCUGAAUAAAAUUCUCAUCAUGAAAAUCAUCUUAUGAGCCUACUACAAUAAUUUAACCUCAUGUGGAAGACAGGCAUAGCAGAUAUUUGUCAUUAAAAUUUUAAAGAAUGCCAACAAGUGACAAAGGACUUGAAGGACCUUGCUUCAAUCCAGUAUAGAAGAUUUUUACAUUGAUCUGAAGAAAGUUCAUUGUUUAGGGUUAAACCAGUCAAAUGUGUGGUUAUAAAAUACAAGUUGUUCUGUGUCCUAGAGAAGAUGGAAAGAAUGGAAGAAAUAUCAAUGAUCAUCAAAAAGUUUCAAGGUAGAAGAAAAGGACACAGGAUAAGAGAAGACCAUAGUGGUGACUGGUUCCUCUAUAGAGAGGAUAGCUGGAGCAUCCCAGGAGGAAGCAGUUUCUUGUGCUGUAAAGGAUACAUACAUAAACAAAAAAAUCUGCAGUCCUUGGGUUGUGGAUUUGGGCGUAUGUUAGAAUGUGGCAAUCCUGAUAGCUUGUACCCAUUCCUGGUAGUCUAUGUUGGAAUAAAUGAUACUUUCAUAAUGUACUUAAAAAGUAAUCCUGAAGGUUAUGUAGUCCUGUACAAGAAAGUGAAAAGUUUAGGGGCACAUAUUGUGUUUUCGUCACAGUUGCCAAAAAGCAGUAUCAGAGUAGCAGAGGCAAAUACUGUGUCUCCUGUGACCCAGAGAUGAGUUUCACUGACUUAUUGUUUCCAGAAUCAAAGAUUCCACUGUCACUAUCUCAGAGUGAUUAAGGUGUUCAGUGACAUGAUGGUGUGUAAGUCUUCAAUGCUACAGGAAGUUUAAAAAAAAAAAAAAGGUUCAAGAUGACUGUUGUUUUGCCUGAGUAGACAAGAAUUUUAUGCUGGAUAAAAAAAACCCUAGAUACUAUGAGACAACCUGCACUAAUUCACUUUUAUCAAGAUUCUGGCAGACAAGGUUUAUCAUACAUUUUAUGAUACCGUGAGACCAAGAAAAAAUAAAAGGACUUGGUAUUCAUCUUC